CGACUCUUGGGCUUGGGCCAGGAUGUCUCUCGCCGGCUGCAGCGGCGGCGGUGGCGCGGCGGCGGCGACGUGGACGCCGCCGUACUGCACCAUCGUGGCGGCCGACACGUCCGACUUCUCCUACCUCUCCUGCCCGGCCUGCGGCCGCCGCGCGCUCCCGGGCCACGCCGAGGGCGCAGCCUGCGGGGCCUGCGGCGGCCCCGCCCCGGCGCGCGCCUACCGGCUGCUCCUCUCCGUGGCCACCCACGACCGCGUGUUCCCCGUCGUCCUCUUCGACCGCGCCGCGCGCGUCCUGCUCGGCUGCCCCGCCGACGAGCUCGCGCGCCUCUUCGCCGCGCACCGGGGCGCCGCGCGCGCCGCGGCGGACGCCCUGCAGGGGGAGAUGUGCCGCCUGGCGCUGCGCGAGCCCACCAAGGACGGCGCCGAGCACCUCCGCGCCGUCUCCGUUGUGCCGCUCCGCGACGGGUUCCGCUCGGUCGCCGACACCCUCAGGACGCUCUACUCGCGCGCCGGCGGCUGACCGCCAUGCUUACAUGGAGUAUGUGUUCGAUGAAAUGCUUCGACCGUAUCGAUCAAUGAUCUCUGCAUGACUGUAAAGCUCUCUUUCUGCCAGAUUGCAGUCAAACUUUCACAAGUUAUUAUCUGAUUAAAAUCCAAAAGGUUAUUAUCUGAUCAAA